AUGAAUCGUCGAACGUCGAGCAAAGCGCGACUCCUUCUCGCCUUGCUUCUGAACGCCACCUUCUCGACUCUCGGCCUCGAAACACCAAACGUAACUCGAAACGAGGGACGUGCGAUUCCUGUCCACGAGUCGCUCGAGAAAUCCUCCUCCUCCUCCUCCUCUUCGGUGGAAGUGGAGGAGGAUCGACUCCCUUCGGAAAAUUCCAUCACAACGACGAUGGAAACCUAUCAAAAAUUGUCCAUCAACGAGAAGAACGUCACCGCCAAGGAAGAAUUUCGACCGAGCUUUCAUCUGGGCGAGAUCAAAGAGUCGAGAAUCGACAACCCCUUCAACGCCCCACGCCACUUCAACCUGGACGAUGGAGGGGCGACGAGGGACGAAUCGUACGACGAGCGAUCGAAGCGCCUCCAAGUGGUGUUUGGUCGAAACACCGGCGAUGAAAAUUUAAACCACGAGACCGUUGGAUCGUUGGGGGAGGAGGGGAGGAGCGACGGAGCGCGAAAGGAUCGCGUCACGUUCCGUGACGCAGCGUACGAGCUUCCUGGACACGACGCCCCGUUCAAGGAGCAGCACACGUUCCAUCAACGGUUGCCCAGCAGGGAGAAAGACGGGGCCACGCAAUCGUUCGAGCCGCAGGAUCAACAGAUUUUCGAGCAGGGGGUGGCGAGUUACGUUUGGGGGAAACCAUCCAAGUUUCAGGGCGACUCGUUGAAACCAGAGAUCGAGAUCCAUUCGAACGACCCGUUCCUCCAUUCGCCGGUGUUUCACGAUCGUCCGAUUCAGCAAUCGUACGAUUUUCAGAAGCCGAACGACGGAUUGGUUUACGUCCAAGAAUCCUCGUUCACCAGGACCAGAAAGUUUCCUUAUAGUUCGAUUUAUCAGCCGCACGUCGGAUAUCAACAACAGAUCGAAGUCGUCAACGAUUUGCGUCCAUCUUAUCCCGUUAAGAAAAGGGGAUCACCCUGGACGAAGAUCCUCCACUUGAUCGGCACGAUUCUGCCGCUGGGCCUGCUCAUAGCCGCCCUCACGCCGAACGUGGUCAAGGUUGACAACGCUACCCAGCCCAAUAUCGUCCUGUCGAAAUGGAGGGUCGCCGACCUACCGGUCGAGCAUAAGCAGGCGCGAUUCACGCCUGAUGCGCAGCCCGAUUGCGAGGAGAGAUCCGUCUGCCGCGUGAUCCUCGCCGGCGGUGACGCCGGAUCGACCGUGUUGCAGAAUAUCUUGUGGAAUUUGGCGACGAGAACAUCGACCGCAACGGCGAAGAAGAGCGGUCUUCACGAAGUUUUCAAGGCGGUGAAGAAGAGGGAUUGUGCCAACGUUCCCUGCCAAUCUCCCCUCUCAUCUUGA